UUUGGUAAAGAAAUACUCCCUCUCUUUAAAACGUGUAGGGAGUUGGCUUCAUGGCACUUCAUCUCUCUCUCUCUCUCUCUCUCUCUCUCUUUCUGUAUGGUUGGUAGGCAAUGGCUACAUCCAAGGCUCUUCCUCUGCUAUUCUUGCUUGGCCUCCUAUCUCUGGCUUCCUCCCCAACAACAGCGGCCUCUGAAUUCGACUUCUUUUACUUGUCCCUUAUGUGGCCAGGCGCUUACUGCAGUUCUAGCUUCUGGAGCAAGUGCUGUCGCCCAACUACAGGCAAACCAGCACUGGACUUCUUUGUGCAGGCCCUGGAGACAUAUAAUAGCAUCACUGAUGAACCUGUGACUAAGUGCAGCACCCAGUGCCGCUUCUCCGUCAAUGCGCUGAGGGACCUCAUAGAUGACUUAUAUGCUUACUGGACCAACGUGUCCUGCCCUAGCAACAACGGACGCCAACAAUGGGAGCGCGUCUGGUGCACCUACGGCACUUGCUCCGGCUUUAACCAGACAUACUACUUCCAACGGGCUCUCGCCCUCCGGGCCAAGGUGGACCUGCUCUGCAUCCUCAAAAACAACGGCAUUGUGCCAUCUAGCACAAAGUCCUACACGCUAGAGGACAUCCAGAAUGCAUUCAUCCCCACCCUUGGGUUCUCCACUGUGGUGGAAUGCAACCAGAAGUGGUGGUUUGGGGACUACCAGCUCUACAAGAUCCACAUCUGUGUCUCCAGCGAUGCAAAGUCGAUCAUCAGCUGUCCUAUCCAGAAGAGCAGCAACUGUGGCAGCAAGGUUAAGUUCCUUCCCUUCGACCCUAACGCCCUGCCCAUCAGCAACCUGGCUGACCUCAUGAUCAAGAUGCCUGCUGCCAUAGAUAUUGAUGUGUAACUCAGCAGCUCUAGCUUUAACUUCUUUUUUCUUCGAUCUGUAUGCUUCUGCGAUGACGAACUAUGAGAAGGAUGGUAGACAAUGUAUCUGAUCUGAAUCAUCACUACGUAAAAGUUUGUAUCCAAUCUUCAGUAGUGGAUGUAGAAAUUUUCAUUUCUGCGAAUCGAAAA